ACGUUUCAGACAAAAUCCUGGACAAAACAAUAUAACCGCUCCAUAUCAUUGCGCUGCACGGUUCUGUUCCUCCCACGCCUUUGCUCGGUAUGGCGGACGGUGAGAGGUCCCCGUUACUAGCAGAUCUUGGAGAUGGUGCUCUUGUCGGCGGUAACGGCGGAGUGUCACCGGGCUCGGCUCCCUAUGGUUUACCAAAUAAACCACAAAGCUUCCCUCCCUUCCCCAGCACCACCCAGCCCUCAGUGCUCCUGGGGGAGGACCCUCCUCCGUACUCCCCCCUCACCUCCCCAGAGAGUGGCAGCGCGCCAGUCAUCAGCUGUAGGGUGUGUCAGAGCCUCAUCAGUGUGGAAGGGAAGCUCCACCAGCAUGUGGUCAAGUGUGGGGUCUGCAACGAAGCUACGCCCAUCAAGAAUGCACCAGCAGGGAAGAAGUAUGUACGCUGUCCCUGUAACUGUCUACUCAUCUGCAAAGUCACCUCUCAGAGGAUCGCCUGUCCCCGCCCCUACUGUAAGAGGAUAAUUAACCUGGGUCCAGUCCACCCUGGUCCAGCCAGCCCUGAACCCCAGCCGGCCGGAGCUCGCGUCUCCUGUGGACACUGCAACAACACUUUCCUGUGGACAGAGUUUACUGACAGGACACUCGCCAGGUGCCCACACUGCAGGAAAGUCUCCUCUAUUGGUCAGAGGUACCCUCGAAGGCGGAGCUUGUGGUGUAUUCUACUAUGCUUGCUUUUCAGCAUCUCCACUGCUGGGCUGGUGGCAGGUACGUGGGUGAAGGCCCAGGCCUACGGGGGUAUCUAUGCCUCCUGGGCCAUGCUGAUCCUGCUGGUACUCCUGACCCUGGGUCGGGCUCUAUACUGGGCCUGCAUGCCUGCCAGUCUCUCUAUGGCAGGCGCUGGCAGCCACACCAGAGCCUCAUAUCAUGGCAUGGCUGAGUGGAACCAAGUCUUAAAUGAUGACAUAGCCCUCGGAUAAGACUGCUCCUCCGCGACCCUGAAUAUAUGUUCUGUUUUUGGGGCAUUUCACAUGAGCUUCAUUCAUUUGUUUUGGAAAACCCUUGAAGCACUGUUGAAAGGCAAAUUAAGCUAAAUUGAGGCUAGUGUAAGGUGAACACCACCUAAAUUACCCUCCUUCCCCCAGACAUGGAGCUGGGUUUGAAGGGAGGUUAGGAUUGUGUCCCAAAGGGCACCCUAUUCCCUAAAUAGUGCACUACUUAUGACCAGGGCUCAGUCUGGUCGAAGGUCAGAAGUAGUGUACUAUAUUGGGAAUAGGGUGCCUAUUGGGUUGCUUGCUAGGGCAUCGUCAGAGUGAGGUCUGUCUGUAUGUUGGAGUCUAUUUAUGCUGCAUAGUCUGUCUGUGGGAGUGUUCGUCUUUGAUCCAAAGCAGCUUAGAAGCCUUAAAGAAGUUAGAGGAAAAUAUUAAACAAUUUGACUGCACACACACACACACACACACACGUAUGUACGUGCACACUUUCAUUCCCCACACAUACCAACAUUUGGAGAGUCCCUGUAGUGGUAUGCAGCCAGCGUGAAAAAGCAUCUCUCCUCAAGGACUUCAGUUUAGACACAAGUUUGUUGCAAGUGAUCUGAUCAUCUCUUUAUUGUGCUCUUGGUUAAUAUUGUUUUCUUAUCCCUCUAAUAGCUAACAAGUGAGGUCAACAUGAGCUCUCAGUGGAACUCAUAGAGAUGUACUAGAGAGCUUCAAGGUGGUGAAAGCCCACCAUGGCUCUGCCCGCGUUAGAGAAAGAACUGGCUUUUGGCCAAAUGUGCUCUCUUUCCAACUCUAUGGUCUUACUACACUAAAUGUACUAUGAUGAGGCCCUGGUGACAGAGGCAGGCUGUGGUUGUUGUAGACCCCUUACUCUUCUAGUGGUGCACUAAAUAGGGAGUAGGGUGCCGUUGGGGAUUCAGUCAGGGUAAGAGAAAACGGUUGCUGAAGAUAAUCUAGACACACUACCUGCAUGUUGAAACACACUUCAUCUAACCAUAUAUCCUGUCUGUGGUUCGGAUGAGGUCAUAGUUAUUUAUUUAUUUUACAGCAAUGUUCAUUUUUUGUUUGUUUUAAUUGUACAUAUUUCUUGUUGUUCAUGUCAGAGUAAUUAUUGCUAAGUCGAUAUUGCACUUAUGUGCAUAACACUACAUGAUUUGAUUCUUGGAUAACUUUUUUAAUAAUUGUUUUGUUAAUCAAUAUCAAUAAGGUUAUUUUUGCAACCCUUGUUACUUAUUUUAUCGGGAAUCUGCAAAGUUGUUAGAUAUUUGACUUACUAACACAUUAAGUCUCUGGAUACGGGAACGUGUCCAGACCUUAACCACACACAUUCCUCAUUUACAUACAGACAAUCAAUCAUUUAAACCACAAAUGGCAUCAUUUUAAACACACACACACACACACAGAGAGACAAACGGAUGGACACACGUACAGCUCUUUCAGAUGGUUACCCUGCUUGACAGAACUGUGACGGUAGCAGUAAUAGAUAUUUUAAAAUAUCUUGUUAUUUAUUAUAAUGAUCAUGUUUUAAUCAUGAUAUUAUGUACAAUAUUGAUCAUGUUAAUGAUGCCAAUAAUCAACAACCUGGCUGAUGCUCAUAUCAGAGUUUGUUUACACACAAUAAAGACAUGAUGUAUGAAAAUAUCA